AUGGCAGACAAAGCUCCAGCGGGAGACGACGAGGUCGCGGCCGAUAGGCAAAAUCAGUACAGCGAGGACAAGCCACCCCAAGGGUCGGAAAAGACCCCCUUGUCUGCCAAUGCCUCUGGCGAUGGCUAUUGGGGCGACUCCUACGAGGGCGGUCCGGUCGAUCCGCAGGAAGCCAGACAUGACUUUGACGAGCUGCAACAGGAACUAAGCAGGCGAAGCACGACACGGUCGACCGACGUCGAAAAGGCAAACCGCAGUAGGCCGGGUGAAGAAGCCGACAGCUUCAAGUCUCUUGGGCAUGAUGACUUCCACUUGGAGCAAUUUAUGCGUGGCGGGCACCUCGAGAAGCGACAUCCAGUUAGUGGCAAGUCGACCAAGAAGGUCGGCGUUGUCUUCAAGGAUUUAUCCGUAAAGGGUGUCGGAAGCAGCGCGGCAACUGUCCGCACGCUGCCCCAGGCCAUUGCCGGAACCUUUGGCCCCGACCUGUACGAUCUUCUCUCCGGCUGGGUGCCCGGCCUGCAACUCGCGAAGACGGGCCCUUCUCGAGAGCUCAUCCGCCGCUUCACCGGCGUCAUCCGGCCGGGAGAGAUGAUGCUCGUGCUGGGACGACCUGGAAGCGGCUGCAGCACGCUUCUUAAGGUCAUUGCCAACAAUCGCGGAUCCUUUCAGAGCGUCGAGGGGGAUGUGUUCUACGGCGGCAUCUCUGCCUCGGAGAUGGACAAGAGAUUCCGGGGAGAAGUCGUUUACAACGCAGAAGACGACCGCCAUCUUCCCAACUUGAGCGUCGGCCAGACACUCGACUUUUCCCUUCGGACCAAGACCAGGCAACACGAGCGAGGCAACAUCGAGCUCAUCAUAGACUCGUUCCUCAAAAUGUUUGCCAUGUCGCAUGUCAAGCACACGCCCGUCGGCGACGAGUAUGUUCGGGGCGUCUCUGGUGGCGAGCGCAAGCGAGUCAGCAUUGCCGAGACGCUGGCCACCAAGAGCACCGUGACGUGCUGGGACAACUCCACUCGCGGCCUCGAUGCCUCUACGGCCUUCAACUACGCCAAGUCUCUGCGCAUCAUGACGGACGUGUCCGACCGCACCACCCUGACGACACUCUACCAAGCCGGCGAGGGUAUUUACGAGUUGAUGGACAAGGUGCUCGUCAUCGACGACGGGCGGAUGCUGUAUCAAGGACCCGUAAGCGAGGCCCGGCAGUACUUUAUCGAUCUAGGCUUUCACUGCCCGCCGAGGCAAACGACCGCCGACUUCCUCACGUCCGUCUGUGACGUCAAUGUUCGGCGGUUUCGCCAUGGUUACAGCGAUAGGUGCCCCAAGACCGCCGAAGAGCUUGAGGAAGCAUUCCGGAAAAGUCGCGCGUACCAAAGGGUCCUUGAAGACGUUGGAGACUUCGAGCAGCACAUGAGCCAGACCGAGAACGUCGACGCGCAGACUUUCCAGAAGUCGGUUCGGGAGUCCAAGUCUAAGACCGUCAUGAAGGGGUCCAGCUACACAGUCUCCUUCUGGAAGCAGAUCCUCGCAUGCACGCGUCGUGAGUUUUGGCUAAUCUGGGGCGACAAGACGUCGCUCUACACAAAAUUCUUCAUCAUCAUCAGCAACGGCCUGAUUGUGGGCUCCCUCUUCUACAACACCCCCAGCAACACCCGGGGCGCGUUCUUGCGCGGCGGCGUGUCCUUCUUCUCCAUCUUGUUCCUGGGCUGGCUGCAACUGUCGGAGCUCGCCAAGGCCGUUUCAGGGCGGUCCGUCAUCUUGCGGCAGAAAGAUUAUGCCUUUUACCGGCCCAGCGCCGUCAAUCUGGCCCGAGUGCUGGCCGACUUUCCCAUGCUCGUCGCCGAGGUCAUUGUUUUUGGUGUCAUCAUGUACUUUAUGACGAACCUUGAUAUAGAAGCAGGUAAGUUCUUUAUUUACAUGCUCUUCGUCUACGCCAUUACAAUCUGCGUAACGGCCCUCUAUCGAAUGUUUGCGGCUUGCUCGCCGAACAUGGACGCAGCAAUUCGUUUCGCCGGCACCGCGCUCAAUCUUCUAAUCGUCUUUACCGGAUAUGCCAUUCCGAAACCGGUUUUGCUCAAUCAAAAGAUCUGGUUCGGCUGGAUCUAUUAUCUGAACCCAGUGAGCUACGCCUUUGAGGCGGUGCUGGCCAACGAGUUUUCCGGCCGAGACAUGGAGUGCGCCUCGAGCCAGCUCGUUCCGCGGGGCCCUGGCAUCGAGCCUCAAUACCAAGGGUGUGCAAUCUCCGGGUCGCAGCCGGGCAACCCAGUCGUCCCCGGAUCGCGGUACCUGAGCGAGCAAUUCGAAUACAGCCGGGCUCAUCUGUGGCGAAACUUUGGCGUAAUCGUUGCCUUCACCAUUCUCUACAUUCUUGUCACUGUCGCCGCCACAGAAGUGCUCUCGUUUGCGAGCUCCGGCAUGGGCGGGCUAGUGUUUACGGGUUCCAAGAAAGCCAAGGAGCUGACGAAGCGCCCGUCCCACGCCGACGAAGAGGAAACGCCUGACGACGUCCUCGAGCAGUUUACGAGAAGCGCAAAUGUUUUUACUUGGGAAGACAUCGGCUAUACCGUGCCGACGCCGCAAGGCCCGAAGAAGCUCCUUAACGACAUCCAAGGCUACGCGAAGCCCGGCGUCAUGGUUGCCUUGAUGGGAGCUAGUGGAGCAGGAAAGACGACUCUACUCAACACCCUGUCGCAGCGGCAGACCGUCGGCCGAAGAACAGGGUUCGUCGAGCAGAUGGACCUACACGAGGGAACUGCCACAGUCCGAGAGGCACUCGAGUUCUCGGCGCUCCUCCGCCAGGGCCGCGAUAUUCCGCGACACGACAAGAUAGACUACGUCAACAAAGUCAUCGACCUCCUUGAGCUCACCGACAUCCAAGGUGCCAUGGUGGGCUCCCUGGGGGUCGAACCUAAGAAACGCCUGACUAUCGGGGUGGAACUGGCCGCAAAGCCGUCUCUCUUGCUAUUCCUGGACGAGCCGACAAGCGGUCUCGACUCGCAGUCGGCCUUCUCGAUUGUGCGCUUCCUGCGGAAGUUGUGUGCCUCUGGACAGGCCAUCGUCUGCACAAUCCAUCAGCCUUCAUCGGAGCUGAUUGAGACCUUUGACUACAUCCUCGCCUUGAACCCUGGAGGCAACACAUUCUACUUCGGUCCCGUGGGCCACAACGGCAGUGCAGUCAUAGACUACUUUGCGGCUCGAGGUGCCAGGUGCCCCGAAGGCAAGAACGUCGCGGAAUUCUUGAUUGAGACGUCGGCGAGUGCGCGUGAACAAUGGAACGAGCUGUGGCGCACGUCCGACGAGAACAGGGCGCUCCAGCGGGAGAUUCAGCGCAUCAAGGAUGAGCGAAGCAGCCAAACACAGGAAGACGCGCAAGUGCUCCAGCAUGAGUUUGCGGCACCUGUAGCGUUGCAGGCGGCGCUUCUGACCAAGCGCAUGUUUGUCAACCAGUGGCGAGCACCAUCGUACAUUUACGGCAAGCUCUUUGUCGCCGUCAUUGCUGGCAUCUUCAAUGGUUUCACAUUUUGGAAGCUCGGUGACACCGUCAACGAUAUGCAGAGCCGGAUGUUCACGUCUUUCCUCAUCGUGCUCAUUCCACCGACGGUCCUUAACGCCAUCCUGCCAAAGUUCUACAUGGAUCGCGCCCUUUGGGAGGGUCGCGAGUACCCCAGCCGCAUCUACGGCUGGGUGGCCUUUUGCACCGCCUCCGUUCUCUCAGAAAUUCCAGGAUCGCUCAUCUCCGGUAUCUUAUACUGGGCUCUCUGGUACUGGCCAACCGGUCUGCCCACCGACUCUUCGACAUCUGGCUACGUGUUCUUGAUGACGAUUCUCUUCUUCCUCUUCCAGUCCAGUUGGGGCCAGUGGAUCUGUGCCUGGGCGCCUAGCUUUACCGUUAUCAGCAAUGUUCUUCCCUUCUUUUUAGUCAUGUUCUCACUGAUUAAUGGUGUGGUGGUCCCAUACGAACAGCUGAACCCAUUUUGGAAAUACUGGGUGUACUGGCUGAACCCCAGCACAUACUGGAUAGGCGGCGUUUUAGCUGCCACUCUCCCGCGGCAAGCAGUUCGGUGUGCCCAAAACGAGGCUGCUCACUUCCGCAUCCCUAGUGGUCAGAUGUGCAGCCAGUUCGCUAGCGCUUUUAUAGAGCAAGCAGGAGCUGGUUACCUGAUUGACCCGGACGGAAGAGACAACUGCAGUUACUGUCCGUAUAGCAACGGGAGGGAGUAUUUGGCAGCUUUAGACAUUGAGCCAAGCCAGAAGUGGCGCGAUUUUAGCAUCUUUCUCGCGUUUUGCUUCUCUAACUGGGCCCUUAUAUACUUCUUUAUAUAUACCGUUCGUAUUAAAAAGUGGUCGUUUGGGUUUGGUCUAUUAUUUAAGUACUUAUAG